AUGAUCCUCGACGAAAACGAGCAGAGCAAUCGGACGAACGAGCAGCCCGAGACGCCAUGGGCACAGAUCGUCCGCAAGAGCACCGACGGUCCCCGCGCCACGCCCGGGCUCGCCACGCGCAUGUUUGGUGUGGCGCUCGAGACACCGGUGGUGCAGCGGGCAGGCGCGAGCGAGGCGCCGACGCCUCUCCCUGCGACACCGUUGGCAGCGGAGCAGCCUGCACCUCCUCCACCGCCCGCCGCCGCCGGCGAGCUCGCCGCCGCAGCCGCCGCCGACCAUCCCGCGUGCGCGAUUCGCUCCCGCAUCCAGGCCGCCGCAGCCGUGGCGUCGGUCCACCCAGCAGCCGCCGUCUUCUGCUACGGCUCUCGCGCCACCGGCCUCGCCUCCGCCGCCUCGGACGUCGACUUGGUGGUCGUCGGUCUGCCUGUCUCCGCCGGGUCUGCAGCACCGUCCGUCGAGGGCCAGGUCGAGGCGCUGCAGUCACUGCAGCCGCGCCUCGAGGCGAUCGGUCUCGCUGCGACCCUGCAGCGCUGCGCCGUCCCCGUCCUCAACUUCGAGGUCGUGCUGCUCAAGGAGCUGCUGCGGCGGCACGGCCUCAAGGCGACGUACACGGGCGGGCUCUCCUCGUAUGCCCUCACCCUCAUGGCCGCUUCCUUCCUCCUCCUCGCGCCGCGCCUCCGCUCCGAGCGGCAGCAGCAGCAGCAGCAGCAGCAGCAGCAGCAGCAGCAGCAGCAGCAGCAGCUGGUGCUCGAGUGCCUCCACUUCUUCGGCUGCGUGUACGACCCGGAGUCACACGCGCUCGGCUGGUCGACCGCAAAGGGCGGCCGGCCGGUCGCGGUGUUGGUGCUCGACCCGCUCGAUGACGCGAACAACGCGGGCAAGGGCUGCUACCGCUUCUGCCAGGUGCAGGCGCUCUUCCGUGCGGCGCUCGCCGCCGCCGCCUCCGCCGCUGGCGACGCGGCCGACCGCGCGGUGGCGAGCGGCCAGGCGGGCUGCGCGCCGUCGGCGGAGUGGAAUCGGCGAGAGUGGGCGAUUGAGGGUUGA